AUGGCUAAACCUACUACGCAAAAAGCAAGAGGUCGCCCAAAAAAGCAAAAAGGUGUACAAAAAACUCCAACUGUAAUAAAAGUGAAAAUACAGAAAGGAAAGAAAAGUGAUGAUACAGAAAAGGCUCAAGACAAAAGAUCAGAACUCACCCAAAAGGACAUUAAAAUAAUGUUAGCCAAUGAAGGUGUCAAGUCUAUACAAGUUAAAAAAGCAACAACUGUGCCUAAAAAACGCGGUAGACCGAAGAAAAAGGAUUCGGCUAUAGCUGAAGUUAAACCCAAAAAACAAGUUAAAACACCAAAACAGCAGGUAAAACCUAGGGUUACCAGAAGUCAGUUAAAAGUGAAGCAUAAAUCUGAAAAGACAGCCGAGUGCAAGCUCAAUAAGAAAUUGAGAGAACCGGCUCGGAAAGAGGAAAACAAUAUUGUGCAUAUGGAUGAAGAUAAUUCUGAGAGUAAUUCUAUUUCAUCACAACUGUCAUGGCUGAGAAAUAUUUCUAUUUCGAGCCAUGCAACGAGCGGUGUAACAGUGUCAUCUAAUGAUUUUUUCACAUUCGAUAAUAAACUUCCACUGGUCAAACUAAGAAGUAUUGACAAGAAGACUAUUAAGAAUCCGGUCAAUAGGAAUCAAUUUAACAAAGGUGAAAGUAUUAGUGAUAGUGAUAGUGAUGUAAGUGUUAAUAAAUGUGUUUCACAACAAAUCUCUGAUGAUUCAAACAUUGCUUUGCCUUCAUUGAAUCUCAGUACAUCACCCUGUGAUAGGAUUUCCAUGAAUAAAUCAGAAGAUACUUUAGCUCCUGAUGAUAAACUCAGCAAUAUAUUAAGAAAAUUAUCAUCUAAACUAAGAUCUCUUGACCAUGAAGUGAUAGACUGGAUGGGCCAUGCGUAUGAAGAUGACGACCUUGAUAGCGAUUUAACGAACGACGAGAAUUUUCUAAGCGAUUUCUUGACAGACGAGAGACAAGUUAUACUGACCUGCAGAGAAAUAAAGCGUUUCUUAUUAGGCCCUAUAGAAGAAAUGAAUAAAACAUUAAGUUAUCCACAAUCUGACCAGAAUGAUUGUGAUGAAAUUAUCAAAACAAGGCAGGAUGUAAAUACAAAAGUAACAGAUGUUUUUAAUAGCUGUACACUCAUAGAAAAUGAUUUCGAUGAUAUUUCUGAAGACACUGAUGAAGAAGACGCAUUAUCGUUGUUCGCUGAAAGCGUAACUCAUGUAGACACAUCCAAAAGGAAUAGAGCGAGGGCUGGUGAUGAAACAGAAAAAUAUAUCCCCGAACCUAUAAACAAUUAUCAAUUCAAAGCACCAGAAGUAAGAUAUCAACCGACUGUUAUUUCCAAUACAAAAGCAGUUCAACGUAAACUGGUCGCUAUCCCUAAUAAUCCUAAACAAAACUUAGUUACCACAUUAAUGUGUGGUGAUAGGAAAUUGACGAACGGAAACAGAGCAUACGGCAAUCAGAAUAUGAUAAUCAAUAAAGAAAUCACUUGCAAUGGAAAUGGUAUGCCACAAGCACAACUAAUAUCCUCGACACAUAAGCCGAUGCAGGGCGUCAAGAGUCAAGUAUUCAAAGGCGUGUGCUUCUUCUAUUUGAUAGCAAGCUGUAAGAAUAUUGUCUGUAAAUUUCCACAUGCCUUCAUCGAGAUAGAUGAUAUAAGGAAGAGACUAUCAGAGCUCAGUGACGAUCUGUUCAUUGAGGAGUAUAUAUUGGUUAAAAGCUGGCCGCAACUGAGACGGACAUAUGGCCUUUGUUUCGUAGAGGAAUGCAGAAACAGAGACUUGUCAAGGAUGCUGGUCGAAAUGGCCAUAGACUUCAUCGUGAAAUGUAAUUCCAGUUCCAAAGAAGAUGAACGUUUGAAAACCGAGGUCGCUGAGAGAGUAUUGAUCGAUUUGAACGAUGCAAAACUCACAAAUUUCACUGAUUUACUAACAUACAAAGUGCAGUUCAGCGGUGUAAUGUUGUAUGAAUUUUUCCUAUCAACACUAUCUAAGUCGGUGAACUUUUCCCGUUACAAAUCUGUUUUUCUAAAACUGACGGUUUUUAUGUCCGAUUUACUAAGAGCGUUCGACAUAGACGUCGCUACGCAGUUACUUGAAAGGAUCUGUAUGUUGCCGUACGAUGAAGAAUUGGCGAUUGGAAUUAUAGAGAUCAUCAAGAAAACGGAUCAAACUAUAUUCACAAAUCCUCUGAUGGAUUAUUUCAAGAAACAGUUGGAAUUAUCAAACUUGGACUUAUAUAACGAGUUCGUGAUACUCAAAAAUAAUGCCACAGCCAACUCCAAGCAAUUUGAACGCACUUACAAUAAAGUACAUACAGAAGUUUCGGGCCCAACACAAAUUAAUAGUAAUCUAGUGAAUAAAUCUACUAUCACGUCUCCGAUAGACACGACGAUAUUGAAUUAUACACGGCAAUCAAUAUUACAAAAUGCCAUUAGUGUUAAUAAUUUAGGAGAUCACGUAAGACGUGAAGUGGCGAAGAAUAAAAGCAAGCAAGCAAAUAGAUCAAAAUCUAUACAUAGUAGGUGGAAAAAUAUGUCUGUGUUCGACAGGAUCAGGCAGAGACGCUUCGACCAGCCUCCGAUGAUCCCUCGCUGGCUGGGAACGAAAAAUAAAUGGGAACAAUUUCCACAAGCGGGACCGAGUGUAAGAACUAUAUUUAUUAUUCUUAUAUAA